AUGGCGGGCGCCAGUGCCGGGUGGCGGCGGGUGUGCGGCGUCCGCUGGCGGGCGACCCCGGACUCCGAGCGCCGGCGCUUCGGCUCCGUUGCCGAUCCUCGCCGCGUCUUCGACUUAGGCCGCCGGUGGCUUGUGGAUGAAGAUGUGGCUGUUCUGAAUGCUUUGUCUGCUCAGUGGUGGCCACAGAAAGAUGUCAAAAUGGCGCAGGACUUAAAGUGUCGUGGCAACAAGUGCUUCAAGGCGAAGGACUACCUCCAGGCACUAGCUCUGUACUCCCAGGGUCUCAGACACAGUACUGCCGACUGCCCUGAGACAGCCCUCCUCUAUGCCAACCGGUCUGCUGCCCUCUUCCACCUGCAGCGCUACAGCUCCGCCCUGCAGGAAUGCCUGGAGGAGAUUGACCGAGCUAAGCAGCACAGUUACCCCCCGGAGCUGCAGCACAAGUUGUGGGACCGCCAGGCUGCCUGUCUCCAGCGGCUAGACCGGUUUAAGGAGGGACCACGUGUUCCUGAGGCACAGACCCCUCUCUCAGGGGAAGUGGAGCCAGAUUCACCUCCUUCCGUCUCACUGCAAUGGGACGUGACUCGGGGCCGACACUAUACUGCGGCUCGAGACCUGCAGGUGGGGGAGGUGGUCCUGCAGGAAGAGGCCUUCGCAACAGUGCUGGUUUCUGGUGGUCAGCCUUCCACCCAGGACCUGUACUGCCACCUGUGCCUGCAGCCCACCGAUCUGCCCCUUCCGUGCCUGCAUUGCAGCUUCAGCUCUUACUGUAGCGAGUCGUGCCGUCAACAGGCCUGGCAUCUCUACCAUUGGCUUGAUUGCCCCCUCACAGGCCUCCUGCUCACCUUGGGCCCCUUUGUCCACCUCGCCCUGCGCACUGUGCUCACCGCUGGCCUGGCUGAGGUGGAGAGAUUGCAGGUGAUGGACACUCCAGGCCAGGAGAAGGGCAGGGGGCCACAGAAGGCCACUCCUUACCAGACAAUUCACAGCCUGCUGACCCACAGCGGGGCCCGUCCCCCUGAACACCGGUUCCUCUGCGCGCUAUCAGCUGCUGCCCUGUGCCAGGCGGUGAGGGAGAGCGGUUGUGGAGCAAGACUAGGGAUCGUGGCAGAGGCUGAGGGGGGGGAUGGUGCAAGGAGCCUGAAGACGCUGGGUGUGGCUGUCCUGCGCCACAUGCUGCAGCUGGAGUGUAACGGACAGGCCAUCACUGCGAUUACCGACACUGGAAUGGGGUGUGAACGGGUUGUGGAGACACGUCAGGUCCGGAUUGCUACAGCUCUCUACGCCAGGGCCAGUCUGUUCAACCACUCAUGUGACCCCAAUACCAGCACCUCCUUCCACGGCACCAGCAUCAUCUUCCGAGCCACCCGGCACAUCCCUGUCGGCCAGGAGGUGCUGCACUGCUAUGGCCCACACUGGCGCCGGCUGGCAGUGAGGGAGCGACAGCAAGCCCUGAUGUCUCAGUACGUGUUCCAGUGUCACUGCAACGCCUGUGUCCGGGAGGAGGCGGAAGGAAGCACGUCACUGACAGCACCGUUCCUCUGCCAACAUUGCGGCUCUAUUUUAACCACGUUGGAAGGGCCUCAGUACAAAUGUUCAGCCGACACCUGUGGUCACUCCGAACCCAAGCAACACCUCUGUCAGCAGCUGGGUGAGCUGACGGGAAGGGUGCGAGGAGCCAGUGACCUGAUCAGUGCGCAGCCAGAGACAGCGCUCCCACUGCUCCAGCAGUGUCGGGUUGAGGCAAGGAGGCUACUGUCCAACAGGCACAGUCUGUGCGGAGAGAUCGAGGAUUCCCUGGCUCAGGUUUACGCCUUACAAGGUGACUGGCAGGCUGCUGCCCGGCACCUGAAGGAAAGCGGACUCGUUGUGAGGCUACAGUAUGGCUCCCAGAGUAUUGAACUGGCCCACCAACUCUUCAAACUGGCCCAGAUCCUCUUCAACAGCCAGUUGGUGGAGGAGGCAUUGGGUGUGAUCGAGGAGGCAGAACCCCUCCUGAGCACACACUACGGCCCUGAACACGAGCUGGUGAUGGAGCUAAAGGAGAUGAUGUCCUAUCUACGGGGUCUGUCUGACAGGGCAGAUUCUCGCCUCCUUCUUCCUCAGGAGUGGAUCCAGUGAAGCCCAGCACUGGGCUGGAAGCAGGCCUGAAAACUGACUGCACAUUCGUCAUCUGCAGCAGGUCAAGCAGCAAGGAGGGGCUGGCAAGUCCCAGGAGUGGCAGCCUGAUAAUUAAAUGGCAGAAGAGAGCCAUGUUCAUUCUGUGGAUGUGUCCACAGAAGGCAGUGGGUUGUACAUGAUUGUCCACUUAACUCUGUGAGCAAUAGUAUAUCACACCGAUUGGUGUUGGUAUAUUUUAUUUGUGGUGUAUGAUAAUAGCAUGAAUUUGAACGUAGGAGGUGUGAUCAGUACGUCUGCGGGGGCCACGGAAGUUGGUGGUGCUCUGGAUUCUGAGGAACAUUGUCCAAGGUCACAGCAGAAUGUGGAUCAGAUAGAAAGGUUAAAAUAAAAAUCUCAAAAUGCUAA